AAUAUUUUUAUUGGAGAUUUGUUUCAGAGUUUGAGAAUAAAUAGUUUGUCCUUGCUUAACCAAACCAGAAUUCAUUAGUUUUGAAUUUCAACACAAUAUAGCUUUAGCAAGUGCAAGCCAUCAAUUUCGAUGAUUUCAACACAAGAUAGCAAGCGAUUUAGGGUUAGCAAGCCAUCGAUGAUGAUUUCAAGACAAGAUAGGCUAAGUGAGCUUCCUGACUCAAUUCUCUCUCACAUUCUCUCUUUUCUUCCAACCAAAUUAGCAGCCCGCACAAGCAUCCUCUCAAAGAUCUGGAAAUCAAUAUGGCUUUCUGUAACCACUUUGGAUUUCACUAUUGGAAUCACCCCAAACCAUGUUAUACACUCAAUCAUACUAUCUCGUGACAUCAAAUUGUCAAUACUAUCAUUCCGCCUAAGGUGUAACAAACCUGAAGAUGAAGAUUUAGACUCAGUUAUUAAGGCAGCAAUACAAAGAAGAGUUGAAACCCUAGAACUUAACAUGCUGUUCUCUUACCCUUUAGAGAUGAAAUUCUUUUCUAAUCUUUUCACUUCUAACACUCUUACUGUUCUCAAGCUUACACACAUAUAUAUUGUCAAAGACCUUCCUGGAACAAGUGGUUCUUCUUCUAUCAAAACUCUUCAUUUAGAUGAUGUCCUUUUCGAUAGCCAUGUCAUCAACUUUUUCUCCGUCUUUCCCGCUCUAGAGGAAUUGCAAACAAAUUAUAUAACUCUUUACGAUUUGAAUCAACCUGCACCUAGAGCAAUGAUGGAAUGUUUGCCCAAUUUGGUGAGAGCUGAUAUUAAUGACCCUAUACUUAUUCCUUUACUCCGCUUUUCCAGGGCACUCAUUCUCAAUUUAGAGGAGAUAUGGUCGCUCCCCCUUGUACAAGUCCCCAAUUUUUACAAUCUAACUCAAAUGGAGCUAUUCAUUGACUUGGACCAAUUAGGGAAGUGGAUACUUAAACUGCUUCAACAUACUCCCAAACUUGACCAUCUUAUCAUUCAUCAUCAGGAAUUAGAAAAUGAGGAGGAAAUCGGUGAGAUGAAUCGGGUGUACAUAAAGGAGAUAAAUAAUCAGGUGGACCCAAAGAUGGUUCCAGAAUGUCUUUCUUCUCGGCUCAAAACUUGUUUGUUUGCAAGUUGGAGAGGCAAAAAGUGUGAGCUUCAAUUUGCUGAAUAUAUCAUGCAAAAUUCAAAAGUAUUAAGUAGCAUGACAAUUCAGUGCUCCUCUUCCUUGGAUUUAAAUGCAAAGUAUCAAAUAUUACAAAAAUCAUCUCUAUGUCCAAAGGACUGUAAACUUAUAUUUGAUUGAUUAUCUAUGUGGAAUACAUUAGUAUACCUUGA